CGCGCGGGCCCGCGCUCCCCGCCCGCCCGCGGCCGCACUCACCAGCGCCGGAAUCCGCCCCGCGGCCCUCGCCCGCGCUCCACAGCCGGCUGGAAACGGCGGCGGCGCGGGCUCCACGUACAGCUCCUCUCCGGAGGCGUCCGGUCGCAGACUCUAUCGGAGGCGCUUCCUGUCCGUACCAGAGACUCAACCAUGAUUCUUCAGAGGAUCUUCAGGCUCUCCUCUGUCCUUCGUUCAGCAGUCUCCGUGCAUUUGAGGAGGAACAUUGGUGUUACAGCAGUGGCAUUUAAUAAGGAACUUGACCCUAUACAGAAACUCUUCGUGGACAAGAUAAGAGAGUACAAAUCAAAGCGACAGACGUCUGCAGGACCUGUUGACAUUGGCCCCGAGUAUCAGCAAGAGCUGGACAAAGAGCUUUAUAAGCUUAAACAGAUGUUUGGUAAAGGGGACAUGAAUACAUUUCCUACCUUCAAGUUUGAAGAUCCCAAAUUUGAACUCAUCGACAAACCGCAGUCCUGAGGAAUAUUAUAAAAUCAUGUGGUAAUCAUGAAUUAGUUGUACAACUAAUUUUUACAAAUUCAAAUAAAUGUUCAUUUCACAGUUA